AUGGCAAACGACGUUAUCAAUAGUUUGGAGAACAUGAAACUGACAACAGAAGAAGAGGAAGUAAUAGCUAUUUCGGAUGAAGGUCGGAAGGAGGAUAUUGCGAGUUGUGCUCUGAGCCUCAUUGGGAAAUUUCUCACGUGCAAACCAUUCAAUAAGCGAGCGGCACAAAACAAUUUGAGAAAAGCGUGGGGAUUGGAUGAGGGAGUGCAAAUGGUGGAGGUCAGCUCAAACUUGUUCCAGUUCAAGUUCAAAAUGGAAUUUGAGAUGGAAAGGAUUCUUAAAAGCAGCCCAUGGUCUUUUGAUAAUCAAGUGCUCAUGGGACAGAGGUGGAAACAAGGGAUGAUGGCGGAGAACGUUAAGUUUGAUUUAGUGGCAAUAUGGAUUCAAAUUUGGGGGCACCUUUCGACAUGGUUUCCCCAACAGUAG